UACAUAUCUGUGUAGAGGAACAGCAGGUACGCAACACACCGUACCAGAAUCGAGUAAUAUUUUGCAUUGUAAUGUUAGUUUUCCGCGGAACUUCGCAACGGUCGGUUUACAAUGAAAAUGGCACUGGGAAUGGAUAAGAAACCUCUAGUUUACGAUCAGUACAAAACCACACUCGGGCCGGAAGAUCUCCGGAGAGCCAAAGAACAACUGCACGAGGAUGAGAACAGCCGGGAACCUGCGUUGGCACAGUUACGGGAGUACAUCGCUAAACACCCGCAGAUUGUCCGCUGUCGAACGGAUGCCGUGUUCUUGCUCAGAUUUCUUCGGGCGCGCAAGUUCAACGUCCAGGCCGCGUGCGAAAUGCUCGAUGAUUGGUUACAAACGGGCGUCAGGGCAGCCGAUUUCUACAAAUUGAAACCGGAUGAAUGGGACCGAUUCCUGGAUCAGGCGAUUAUCAUCCCUUUGGGUUCGGAUGAGCAAGGUCGAAUGGUUAUCAUAUGUCGAUUUGGUCUUUUCGACGCGGAAACGGUCACUCCGGAGGAGCAAAUCCGACUUGCAACAUUGGUGCUGGAAUCGUUCUUGGAUAUAGACUCCUAUCAAGUCAAUGGAAUGGUGCUUCUGCUAGAUUUUCAAGGUGCCAAAAUGGCACACUUUGGAGUGUGGACCAUUCCCAAGCUGAAAACCCUAAUUUCGGCCACUAACGAUAUCCUACCGAUACGGUUGAAGGAAAUUCAUUUGAUCCAACUACCCAAAUACACUACAGUUCUGGUGGAUUUUUGCCUUUCGGUCAUGAAACCCAAGCUACAGAAGCGGGUGAAGUUUCACAAAUCCUUGGACGAGUUGAAGGCAGCCGUAGAUAGUUCCAUCCUUCCAACCAUCUACGGGGGCUCCCUGUCCCUGGAGGAAGCCAAUGACCGAUUUCGUAAACGGGUUGCCCAGGAACGUGACCACUUGUUGUUGAUAAAUGAAUUCGAAAUGGACCUAACAAAGCCUAACCCACAUGGUAAAACCAGCAAGAAUGGAUCCGGGCUGCAGAGCGACAUUGCCGACGAGGCCGUAAUCGGGAGUUUUCGGAAGUUGAAUGUGGAUUGAGCGAAGUGUGGUGGUUUCAAAAGUUAACUUUGGAUGGUGUUUGUUUAGAAA